AACUGAAGCAAAACAUCUGCAGAAGCAAUUAAAGAAAACGGCAUCGUUUUGUGUCAAAGGAAAGAAGCAGCUACAGAGGAAAAGCGACGUCGUAUUGCUAAAUGAAACUUUAGUUGCUGGCACGUGAUUCAGGCAUUAGAAGAACACACAUUGUAAUCUUAUUUGUUUUCCCUUUAAGCUGUUAGAUUACUUUCUGUUUUAGUUAGUUAAUUUUGCUUAAUUCUCGCCUAAUUUUCUGGGCUUGUGUAACUGAUUGCUAUGGUGUAUAAAUAGCAAAUCAGUGUGUAAGAUUAAGUAAGUUUUUCAUUUACUUCGUGAAUACAAGUUUUUUCUUUCAGAGAAUAUCUCUUUCCUUCCAGAAAUUUCUUUCUUGUUACUAACAGUUAGAGAACCGAAUACUAGUAUUAUUUUUCUUUCAUCGCCUCCCAUGGCUUCCAUAUCCUUCGUUCUCUUAGUCCUAUCCAUAACCUUUGCAGUUGGAAGAGCUCAAGCAAAGGAAUCUAACCCAAUAACCAUGGGCUCUUCAAUUUUCCCCACAACUCACCCUACUUCAUGGCUUUCGCCCGCUAGCCUAUUUGCAUUUGGAUUCUAUCAGCAAGGCAGUGGGUUUUCCGUUGGAAUUUGGUUGGUUGGUAUAGACAACAAAACAGUUGUGUGGACAGCAAAUCGUGACGAUCCACCAGUCACCUCAAAGGCAAAGCUGGAAUUUACCAAGGAUGGUAAGCUUCUGUUAAUAACAGAGCAAGGACAGAAACACCUUAUUGAUAGUAAUACAACAAACUUGGUUUCUCAUGCCGCCAUGCUUGAUUCUGGCAAUUUUGUGCUCUAUAACAAGGAUUCCAAGUUCAUCUGGCAGAGUUUUGAUCAUCCUACUGAUACCAUUUUAGGAGAUCAGGCUCUGUUCACUGGAGGUCAACUGCUCUCCAGUUUGAGUGAGAGUGACCACUCAACUGGACGGUUUCAUCUCGUGAUGCAGUCUGAUGGAAACCUUGUUUCAUACCCAGCAAACAGUGGAGAUGCCGUGCCAGAUGCGUAUUGGAGUACUGACACCUAUUCUGGAAAUGGUUUCAAUAUUCACCUUUAUCUUAAUGCUUCCGGCAGUUUAAUCCUCGUCAACGAGUCCAAUUUAGAAACAGUCAAACCCACUUAUCUUUAUUUAUAUCCGACCAGCACUAGCAGCAUCAAUACCAUUUAUCGUGCAACUCUUGAUGCUGAUGGAAUUUUUCGAUUGUAUUGUCACACCUAUGAUGAGAGAAGAAACUACAGAGUAUCUCGUUUGUGGUCAGCAUUAAAUAGUCAAUGUGAAGUAAAGGGUUUCUGUGGCUUCAACAGCUUUUGUACACUAUAUGACGACCAAGGCAACUGUGAUUGCCUUCCAGGGCAUGAUUUUGUAGACCCCAAUCGAAGGACUCUUGGCUGUGAGAGACACUUUUCAGAAGUAGGGUGUAGAGGUGGGAAAGAAAAUGCAGUUUCUUAUAGCAUGAAUACUAUGGAUAAGAUGGUGUGGGGAAACACCCCGUAUUUUUCUGCAGAAAUGUCAAUGGAAGAAUGCAGCAGCUCAUGUUUGGAAGACUGCAAUUGUGGGGCGGCACUAUUCGAGAAUAGUCUUUGCCAGAAACAACAGUUUCCACUGAAAUAUGUUAGGAGAGAUAUAAACGACGGGUACAAGGCGUUCUUGAAGGUGGGUCUCCACCCAAUUAAGCCACUGCCACCCGUUGUUUCUAACACAGUCGUAAUCACAAGCAAAAUAGCGAAGUUACAAAUUGUUCUUCUAAGCUUGGGUUUUACUAUAUUGUCAUGUUUAGCUCUUGCAACCUUUGGCCGUUUCAUUCUCAAAAUUCUAGUUUUAAAUUACAAAAUGAUGUUAAGGAAUGGAAAUUUGGGCCUGCCUGAGGAGCUAACCUUAAGAUUGUUCACGUAUGCUGAGCUCAAAAGAGCAACAAAUGGUUUUAAGGAAGAGUUGGGUAAAGGUUCUUUUGGAGCAGUUUACAAAGGUGCUCUAAACAAAGGUAAAAAACUUGUUGCAGUGAAGAGACUAGAGAAAUUAGUUGAAGAAGGUGAAAGAGAGUUUCGUGCGGAGAUGCGAGCAAUUGGAAGAACCCAUCACAGGAACUUGGUUCGGUUACUGGGUUUCUGCACUGAGGAGUCUAAAAGGCUUCUAGUUUAUGAAUAUAUGAGCAAUGGCUCCCUUGCUGACCUUCUGUUUGGGGCAUUGUGGCGUCCAGAUUGGAAUGAGAGGUUGAGAAUUGCAUUGGAUGUUUCAAGAGGAAUUCUCUAUCUACAUGAAGAGUGUGAGGCCCCUAUCAUUCAUUGCGAUAUAAAGCCUCAAAACAUUUUGAUGGAUGAUUGUUGGAAUGCUAAAAUCUCUGACUUUGGGCUGGCCAAGUUCUUAAUGCCAGAUCAGACAAGGACCUUCACAGGGGUCAGAGGAACAAGAGGGUAUGUGGCACCAGAAUGGCAUAAGAACAUCCCUAUAUCAGUGAAGGCAGAUGUUUACAGUUAUGGGAUUGUGCUCUUGGAAAUUGCAUGUUGCAGAAAGAACAUAGAUGUUAACGCAUCCGCUGCAGAGGAGAUUGUCCUUUCUUCUUGGGCCUAUAAGUGCUUUGCUGCUAGAGAUUUAUAUAAGCUUGUGAUUGGUGAAGAGGUAGAUAUGAUGAGCUUGGAGAAAAUGGUGAAGGUGGGACUGUGGUGCAUUCAAGAAGAACCAGCUCUUCGCCCCUCUAUGAAGAAUGUCGUCUUGAUGUUAGAAGGUAUUACUGAAGUACCAGUUCCCCCAUGUCCAACUACUUCCUCCAUGUAAUCAAUUUCGCCUAUAGUUGAAAUUUUUGUUUCUCAUUUGUACAAAUAAGUGAUGACACAUGAUGCAUGGGCAUGUUGUAUUUUCA